CGAGAGUGAGUGCGCAUGCUCAACGUCAAGAUGGUGGCCACCAGGAGAGGAACACGCGUUGGCUCCCCAGUAAAAAAUACAGACUUAGUAACGGAGCCUUCUACUUCGGUUAGGAGAACAAGGCGUAGAGUGAUUGUGACGAACCAGUCCCAGAGUGAACAGACCAGCGACUCCCAGCAGAAUGAUGCAGAAGAGCAGAACACAGCUCCUUCUGAACCACCGAACCUAUCUAAAAGAGAGACCAGAAGGUCCAAACGUCAUCUCACAGAUGCAAACCAGCCAGACUCUACCCAUGAAGCUGAUGUUUCUGAGUCAGAAUCCUGCUGUUCCGUGGCAUCUGGCGUCCUGAUGCAGUCAACUACAAGAGGCAGAAGGAGAGCACCGAUCAGACAGAGACCUACAGCUGCAGCACAACAGGAGGCAUCCGAAGGUGAGUCUUGUUCUUCACCACCUGCCAGCAAGCCACGUAGAAGUAUGAGAAGCCAGAAGAAGCCUUGCGUAGUCCCAGCAGAGUCCACCUCCUGCAAGGAUGAUCAUUCUGAGGCAGAGUCAUGCAGUUCUAUAGCAUCCCUGUCCAAAGUUAUAGAUUCCCGGAGGAUCACCAGGAGCCACAGGAGGACUGCUGUUUCCCCUGGAGGAGAGGAUCCCUCUGAAGCUGAUUCAUGCUCCUCUGCAGUGUCCGGCCCUCAUGGUUCCACUGUCCGCAGGUCCAUGCGCAACCGUAGAACAAAACCCACUGAGCCAAUUCCCAUUCACUUGGAGGAAAGUGAACCAACCAAGGCUUUAGCUUCUUCUGCACCCACUAGAACAAGAAGAGGCAAAAGCAAAGUGAAGUCUGCUGAUGAAAACCAAGAUUAUGACUCUGAGGGAUGUCACUCUGGCCCUAGCACAAGUCCCAGGAAAAUGGGUGGUGUUAUUGUAGUCGAUUCAGAUUCAGAAUCUCUAGCGACUAACUACAGUACUGUGGAUAGUCCUUCCUCUCUUAAGGUUAGACUCACCCCUUGCAGUAGCCGAACUGGUUCAGCUAGCAGCAACCGCGCUGUGCCUGUUUCUAGGACAAGAUGGAAAGCGACAGUCACACAUGAUGCGUCUAAUGCAACUUCAGUGGUCUCCGAGAGUGAAAAAUUAGACAGUAAGGACAGUGAACUUGAAAAAGACCAGACAGAAACCCCAAUGGGUACUGUUUCUGACAGGGAGGACAUCGAGGAGAUGGAUGAGGAAGAGACCAGUAGAACAGUUAUUAGUGUAGAUUGCCAAGAAUGUUCUAUUUUGGAGAACCUUACUCUGACUCUUGAUGAGGAUAUUAUCAGCAGUUCAAUAACAGAAGCAAAGAUGGUCGACUCUGAUUGCAGACAAGAAACCAGUUUGGUUAAUGAUGUUACUGUAUCUGAAAAUACUGAGCAUGUGGAGGAGAAACACAGCACCACAGAACAAACACCUACUGAGAAGGAUGUUAAAAUCUUAGAGGAGUGCAAGAAGAUUUCAGAGCCUGUCAUGGAAAAUGAGGCUGAGUCUGUGCUAGAGGUCCAUGGCUUAGGUGACCAGACAGGUGUUUUAGUGAUGAAGCCUGGAAAGGGUGUCACUGUGACUGAAGAGGAUCAGCCCAUCCUGGUGGAGCAACAUGAUACUAAAGACCAGAAGAGGUCUUAUCCAGCACGAACUGAAAAGAGUGUGAUGGUGGUUGUAAGAUCUGAAGAUAAACAUGAGGCAGUGGAGGAGAAGACAGACUUGGUGGCUGAAGAUAAUGCUGCUGUAUUAAACCAGAAACGCUUCGAGCUAGUUAAGAAGAAUAUAAAGGUUAGGGAAGGGGUUGAGUCUGAAGCAGCAAUGGUCCUAGAUGUUCCUCAAAAGGUUUCUGAUAGCCUAACAGUAGCAUACACUGACCUGUCAGGUCAAGACGUUGAAGAUGAACAAGACAUGGAGGUGGAGCAAAACAUAGAUGUUGAUGCUAGUCAUCAUGAUACUGAAGACCAGAGAAGUUUGGCUCCAGCGCAAACUGAAAAGAAUGUAAUGGUGGUUGUUGGAUCUGAAGAGAAAGAUGAGGCAGUGGAGGAGAAGACAGAGUUGGUGGCUGAUGAUAAUGCUGCUGUAGUAGACCAGAAACCUUCCAAGCUAGCUGAGAAGAGUGUAAAGGUUAUUGCAGGGAUUGAUAUGUCUGAAGCAGCAGAUGUCCUAGAUGUUCCUCAGGUUUCUGCUAGCCAAACAAUAACAGUGACAUACAGUGACCUGGCAGGUCAAAAAGUUGAAGACAGGGAGGUGGAGCAACACACAGAUAUGUAUGCCAUUCAUCAUGAAUCUGAGCUACAGAAUAACGCAGAAGAUGGGAGCGCUGCAGAGACAGAGCAAGAAGGACCUUCCUGUAGCUCAAAAGCCCAAGGGCACAAAACAAGUGUUCUGCAGACUAAGCCUGAAAAAAGAGUGCUGAGUUUGCUGGACAGCAGUGAGGAUGAAGAGAGUGACAGUGAAGGACUGUCAGAUGAGGGCUGCAAGGAGGAUGCUGGGGACCUGGAGAGUGAAGAUGAUGCAGUGCGCUCUGAUGAGGUCCAGCCAGGCAGCAGUAACCUGUUUGUUAUUGAUGCUCGUCCUGGACUUCAACCUAAUGAGAAGUACUACAUCGAUACCACACGCCAUGAAGAGGACGACCACCUUCAUGAUUCUAAAGAUGUGGAGGAUGAAGAGGACUUUAUUGACGAGGAAGCAGAUGAUGAAGAUGACGAAGACUCAAAAACACUCUUCACUACCAGGAGGCCAGCAUUGAUGGAAUUAUCCAGUUCCAUUGAUCCAGGUCUGAAAAUGAAGGAGCUUGGUGGAUUGUAUAUCAGUUUUGAUGGCAGCAAAUCAAAGCCUGUCUCCAACAACUUGAAAAAACUAAAGGACCAGAAGAAUCAAGACGAGUUACUGAAGAACAGUGUGAUUGUUGCUGACUUUGAAAAGAAAGAUGCUGUGCCACCAUACAAAGAAUCAAAACAUGCUGCUAAACUGAAGCGCAAGGAGGAGAAGGCUAAGACGACAGGGGACGGCUGGUUCAACAUGAGGGCCCCUGAAUUAACAGAGGACCUGAAAAAUGACCUCAAGGCACUGAAGAUGCGUUCAGCAAUGGACCCAAAGCGCUUCUACAAGAAGAAUGACAGAGAGGGAUUCCCCAAAUACUUCCAGGUUGGCACAGUGGUCGAUAACCCAGCAGACUUCUACCAUUCUCGAAUCCCUAAAAAACAGAGGAAGAGGACUAUUGUAGAGGAGUUGCUUGCUGAUGCAGAGUUCAGAAGCUUUAACAAGAGGAAAUAUCAUGAGAUCAUGGCAGAAAAAGCAGCAGAUGCAGCUGGCAAGAUAAAUAAAAAGAAGCAUAAAUUUCAUAAAAAGAAAUAAUUCUGGGAGAAUGACGGAGCAUGACAGAAGAUUUCACAUUUUGUAAGAAUGCACACAAAUUUGUAACUGACUGGAUCGCCAAUAAAUCAAUAAACCAA